CAGUGUAAAUCAGCAAGCUGCCGUUCGUGCCCGAACCAGACGAGCAGUAUGACAGUGUUCUAGAGUAUUGGCCCUCACAAAAUCCACAAUCCAGAGUCCCAUACCCGGUUAUAUAGGUACAACCGCCUCCCCCUAUUGCCUGGCUGAAUUCGCCCGUUCAUCGCAAGUCAGGCAUACUCGAUCUAGAGCUGUAGACAACAAGAAUAGCCCAUCCACUAGGGUUAUUUCAGUUCAAAGCUCUAGAAAUUGAAGAGAAACAAAGAAGAAGGAAUAUGCCAUUCAAAAUAUCCGAGGAUGAGAUAGAUGAUCUCAUCUACCUCUCUCGGACGGGCGAAGACGUGGAGCUCGCCGAGAUGCUCGCGGAGCUUGCCAACCGCGAGAAAGUUACAAAAACCCAGGUCAUCGAGGCUGCGAGAGACGAUAGCAGUGCGACUUGCUUGCACAUGGCGGCGGCGAACGGGCACACGAAAGUCGUCACUUUAAUACUCUCACAAUUCCCCUCUCCUGCGAGGGCAUCAAAAACGGCAAGCACAGAAGUAUCAUUCGCGGAGGCGUCGUCCUCGGGAGGGGCUUCGGAGAAAUCGCCAACACCUACCAGCUCAUCAUCAUUAGGGCCGUCAUAUGUGGAUGUGAAGAAUUCUUACGGAAAUACGGCGCUGCAUUGGGCGUGUUUAGGCGGCCACCUCGAUCUCGUAAAGCUGCUCCUGUCGCGGGGGGCGUCUCCCACCGAGACUAACGACAAGGACCAGAUCCCUCUAGAUCUAGCCGCAUUCAACAACCACAUGCAUGUCGUUGAGCACUUCCUGUCGCAGAGCAAGGGGCUCGAGAGUGCUAACGCAGAAAAGGGAGGCCUAGAGAAUAGCACGCGGGACAUAGACGUGGAUAACGGUCCGGACAGCGGUAGCGAGAAUAAUACCAAUGGUUGAUGCGCUGGAGCCGAUUCCAAAGCCAACAUCAGGCCGAACGCUCGAUAUAAUAUAAUACUAGACUAUCGUACAAUGAGGUACUAGAAUAAUUACCUACCUACCACGUAUUCAGUAGGCAGUAGGCUAAGAGUCCGCUAGAGAGCACAAUGACUGUUCACC